ACCACGAAUGCAAAUCAGCAAAUAUGUUAAUUGAAUUUGUUUAGGAAGCAUAUUUUAUCAUGUAACAAGAUUGAGAAAUGUAAACAACUUAUUACAUUAGCUUACUAGUACCGCCAUCUCGUGGCGAAUAGAUGAACUUAUCAACUCAACAUGGACCGUAUUUUAUCGCCAUCUAGUGUCGAGUAGUGGACUUUAAUUAUCUUCACGCGCGGUAAUUUUUGUUUACAUCGUAAUUAGCUAUCUUAUUUAGCAUUUUUAUCAAUCGCUGAACUUGUAUAGGUUAUCACUUAUUUCGUUUGCAGUUUAAUAGGUCAAAGUAUAAAAUUAUUGAUAAAUUUGCGAAGAAAUAGCGAGUUUUAUUUAAUUUUAUUAACGUGACUAGCGUAUUUGAUUAAAAUAAUGUAAUCGUAAUAGAAUGAUUAUGUCAAUAUUAGCCGCUCGAACGCACGGGAAUCUCCGUAAGAAUUCGAACGGGUGCAGUCGAACUAAGCACUUAAACAGCCCGUCAGUUACCGGCUGCACAGCGCGACGAACGAACGCGCGUCGAGUCGAACUCACGAACGCGAACGGUUUACGCGAACUUUUAAAUAUCGAAUUCUGUUUUUGAAUUUUCAACUUCAACUGUUUUUUAUCGAAUUGUUUUCCGAAUCGAACUUGGACUAGUGUUGUGUUUUUAUUUUGUUUGGAGCUGUGUUGGGAUUUUCUACAAAAUGCCAGUGUUGGCAAAAUAGAAAUUCGGAGUAACUUUUUGACCGUCCCCCCGGCCCCCGCGGAGAUGCAGGCCCGGCACAGCUACUGGUGGCAUCUGCUCAUAGACCUGCCCAUAUUGCUGCUUGUGGCAGCAGUAUGCAUCCUUCUAGAAGUAGGCGCGAUCCCGAGCCGGCGGAGCGGCUUCAUAUGCAACGAUCCUGCUCUCUCUUUCCCGCACGUGGGGGACACGUUUUCCCUCUCACUCGUCGGAGCUGUCACUGUCAUCGUGCCUUUUAUUAUUCUAUGGGCAGUCGAAACCUCUCUACACCGAGACGACGAAUACUCCCUCAAGAAGAGCAGACUAUCCACCAGCGCGAAAACCGCCGCUCUCAUCUACAAAGACUACAUAUACGGCGCCGUGUUCAAUCUGAUCAUCUUAGAGGUGAUCAAGUGUGUGGUCGGGUCUCCCCGGCCAACGUUCUUCGAGUUGUGCAAGCCGGAUAAAUUGGAGACUUGUGAGGGGUCGACAUACGUGACCAAAUAUACGUGCACUUCAGACUACUCUCAGUACCUGCGAAUCGACGCUAUCCGGAGUUUCCCGUCCGGACACUCUUCUCUCUCUGUCUACUGCGGGCUCUUUCUAGCGUGGUACCUCCAACGGCGUGCCUUCAGCUGGCACAGCCGCUCCGUGCUGAUCGUACCCCUGGUACAAGCUGUGUGCCUGGGGUAUGCCGCGGUGUGCUCUUUAACAAGGGUAUCGGACCAUAGACAUCAUUGGUAUGAUGUGCUAGCGGGUGCCAGUAUGGGGUUACUCAGCGCUUUGUACACGGUACUAGUACUUUGCAAGAACUUCUCCCAACCAGCCGUGGUCAGCACCAGCGACAUCUCCAGCAGCGACGGAACCCACCACAACCCUGACACCAAGCUCCUGCCGAAUCGGGUCAUGAUGCCCUAGCCCCAAGCCGUAUAAGCGUGCCUUACCGUGCCCUAGCGCGCCAUGGCGUGCCCUGCCGCAUGAAGUUGUGCACGCUUGCAAUGGACAAUCUCACCCCGCCUGGGGUUUAUUCGAACGUUAGUGAAUAUGUACAACAUGAUGCUUAGUGUAGAAGAGUGUUCGGAAAAUUGACGUGUAGCAAUUUGAGUGUUAGUGUUAAAAGCGUACAAAACAAAGUAAAUUUCUUACGUGAGAUUUAGUGUUUGGGAAUUAGUAAAGAACAAUUUAUCUUUCAUAUGUUUCGAACAUGAUGUAGACCCUGCAAUCUAUGAUAACUGAAAAAGAAUUAAAAUAUUUCUUCAUGUUAAAAGAUGUCACAUACUUUCAGUCAAUGAUAAUAAACAAGGAAAGAAUAAUGACAUAUUAUUUUAAAUUCAUUCUAAAUGCAUCUUUGUUACUUUAGUGAUUUUCUGAAAGGCUUGCAGUAUGUUAAAAUAAAACAGCACUACAUAGAUAUAAUAGAGGACCAUCAUAUUACCUAGUUGGUAGUGCUAGCUCACUAAUUGUAAUCAUUUGGAUUUGAGACAAAUUGUGUUUGCUUAAAACAUUAUUUUCUUAAUAAUUACUAGUUGUUAAAAGUUCUAAAUAUGGUUACUUAUCGUUAUGUAGAACUUAUGCUGAUGUACAUAGAUAAUUUGUAUCGCCCAAAAGCAAUGUAGUAAAUAUCUUUGAACUUUUUGACAUUAAUUCUUUCUUAAAGUCAAAAAGCACAAAUAAAGAUGACCGUCUUAAUGUAUUUAUGACGUCAUGCCUAAAUCGACAAAACUCAUUUCUCUUUUUUUUUUCAAAAAAAGCACUUGAGGCUUAACGACUAUCUAAAUAAGAAUGACAGAAAAAAUAUAUUUAAGUUUAAUAAACAAGAACCGUGCCUCUAGCUGAGAUAAUCUUAUUAUUUUGCGAAAUUGUGUGUUAGCAAAAUUAUGAAAAAAAGGACAACGCGAGUCGGAGGUUGUCGAAAAAAUGUAUGCGUCUAUUUUUCCAAGGUGAGAUUUUAGACUUCGCUCUGUUUUUAUCUUACUAUGCGUACUUUUACCACUACGUGGGGCUAUUUGGAAUUUUAAAUGGGUACUUUAUGUGAAUAAAUGUGAAACACGUAUGUAUCUUCUGAUGAUUAAAUGAACAGAAUAAAUGUAAGACCAAUCUUACAUCUAGAGACCCAAGUCUCUAAUGAUUUUUAUCGAUCAAAGUAGCCCCAGGGGUUCCAACUUACCCCUCGCGAAGACGUAAUGUAAAAUGGUCGAAUAGAUUACAUUUAAUACCAGUGAUGUUUCGAUUAGGUGAAUAUUAAAAAUAUAAAUCUUUAGCAAUAAGAUAUCUGCCAGCAUCCAUCUUGUUUCAUAGAAUUAUGUAUACAAUCCUGUUAUAGCCUGAAAUGAUUUUCACGCCACAGACUUCUGUUAAAGCCUUUGUUUCUUUUGUGCAGCGGUUAUCAACUUAUCAAUGCUACCGUUACUGACUUAACGGGAGCAAACUUGUUCAAAAAGCAAUUCAACCGUCCCAUUUAUAUGGUUCAAAUUCAUGUAACAGAUCAUUCUGUUACCUGACUGGCCAAGGCUGCUCAAGGUCGACCGAUCGUCCUACAUUACCCAAACUCGUUAUCUCAGAAUGAGCUAUUACAUAAAUUUGAACUUUUAUACUAUCUCAAUUGUUGCUUUUUAACGAUAUAUGAUUACUUUGGCACGCGUCUUAGGCGCGUCUCCAUUAAAGAAACAAAGGCAUUUGCUUAAGAGAUUAGGGUCUGAGGCGUAAAAAACAUUUGACAAAAUUCAUACAAUAAAAGAUCAUUUGGUGUCAAAAUUUGACUCGAAAAUAUAAGAAAGCCUACCCUAAAAAUGUCAAAAAAAUAUACCGAAACCAUUGUAAAAACUAUUUAUAUCUAAAUUAUUAUUAAAACACAAGCUAGCUCUCCUAUCACUAAACUAUAUGAGUAUGAGUAUACAUUGACGCUUCAAAGCAAUAGCGAUAGAUUUCUGUAAACAACCGUCUACUUAUAUUAACUUAUUAAUUAUAUUUAAUUGUUUAACAGACAGUAUUUGCUGUACAGUACCUGUCUAGUCGUAAGAUUAAAAUCGUACCCACCUAGAGUUAAUUAGUUACACGUGAUGUAUGUAUUGCGUUUAUGAAGUCAAGUUUAGUAUAGCUACACUUAUAAUAGAUAUCUUCAAAAAUAAAGAAGGGACUGCCUUCCAGAACAUUAUAUAACAGUGUUCGUAUAAUAGAUAUCUUCAAAAAAUAAAGAAGGGACUACCUUCCAGAACAUUAUAUAACAGUGUUCGUAAAGUGUAUAUAUUC